AUGGGCAUUGGCGACUUGCAGGAGGAGGAGCAGUUGCGCCAGGCCAUGGUAGCCUCACUCAAUGAAGGCAUCGGGUCACAGCUACCUCAGGAAAUGGAGGUUGCUUCCUCGGCGCAGCGGGAAGGGCAGGAAGUCGAGUUGAUCGCGCUGACAAUUCCGCUGUUCGGCUUCAAAAAUUCCUUUUUGCAAUCGUUCACGUAA